AUCCCCCCAAAUCCAAAAAACCAUACACUUGACCGUUUAUCUGCUUUUCUUUUUCUCAUUCCGUCUAUGGAGACCCUUUAACAAUUCGAUUCCUCAAACACCCAUUAGAAGGCGGACAAACCCCCUUCAAAUCUCUGUAAAUUAAGAACACAGAGACUCAGUGUCGAUCUAUAAUGGGUUGUUUUAUUGGGUGUUUCGGUGGUUCUUCCAGGGAUCAGAAACGUAAAAGACAGAGGUACAAGGUGAUUCUUCGAGAUCAAAAACCUAAAAUUGAAAACCUUGUGAAAGCUGAUGCAUCUUUGGGACUAAGCAUCAUAGAGAGUCCCUUGAAUUUAUUUCCAGAAUCAAGAGAAAAGACUGAGGUACCAUUGAGGUUGAAGAGAAGGAAAAAGGUUACGUUUGAUACAAAUGUGACAACCUACGAGCAUAUUGAAGUGUAUGAUAGUACUGAAUCUUUAUUGGAAAAGAACGAAAAAAGUGAAACUUUUCCUAAAUCAACCCAAAACUGCAAAGAUGAUUCAGUUGUGCUGAACAUACCAAACUAUAGGUAUGGGAAUUGCCUUGAAAGUGAUGAUGAAUUUGAAGAUUUAGAUCAUGAAGAAUAUGAUUUGGAUGGUGAUGAUGAUGAUUUGGAUGAUGAUGAUGAUAAUGAUUUGGAUGAUGAAGAACAUUAUGAUGAUAAUAAUGAGGACAUGAAGGUACAAAAUAGGAAUGGUUAUGUUCUUUCUGUGUUGAACCCUGUGGAGAAUCUUAGUCAAUGGCAAGCUUUGAAAUCGAAAGGGAGACCACAAAAACCAUUGAUUUUUAAAGAGCAAAAGGAGAAUUUGUCUCUGAAUACCAAAUCAUUAAAACACAAGAACUUGAAUCAAGAAACAUCAGUAGACGCCAGUCUAUCGAAUUGGUUGAUUUCUUCACAUAUAAACAUACGGAACAACAACAAACCAAUAUGUUGAUAUGGUUGUGGAUAUAGAGGGAGGGCAAAAGGGUAAUUUGGCAGAAUACCUUAAAACUGGAGGUAAAUAACUGGAUUAAAGCUCUAUUGUUCUUGUGAAUUACAUGUAUUUUUGUUAGGAACGUUUGUUUUUUUUAAACCAGUCUAGUGGGUAUGGACCAUGGAGGGUAAGAAGGUAAAUUUGCAGAAUAAUUUGUUUGAAACUUGAAGAAAGCUUUGGGUAUGGAGGGUAAGAAGGUAAUUUGGUAUAAUGUUUCAUUUGAAACUUGAAGAAAGCUUUGAGGGAAUGAAGAGAAAGUCAUUGAAGGCCACUUUGUGAGAUUGGUUUGGAUCAAGUUUUUUUAUUUUGAUGUUGUGAAUUUAUUGGUUUUACUUUUAAUUUCUUAUUUGUUUUCUGGUGAGUGUUGUAAUACAAAAAUUCAAUAUAUUAUUUUGGUUAA